AAAGUGCUGUAUUUGGGCGCCGCGUCCGGCACUACAGUCUCCCACGUGUCCGAUAUUGUCGGACCCGAAGGCCGCGUAUACGCCGUCGAGUUCUCUCACCGUUCGGGUCGAGACCUGUUAGGUGUGGCCCAAAAGCGGCCCAACAUUGUGCCGAUCAUCGAAGACGCGCGACACCCGCAUAAGUACCGAAUGGUGAUGUCGAUGGUGGACACGAUCUUCGCCGACGUGGCCCAACCAGAUCAGGCCCGUAUCGUUACCCUUAACGCUCAGCAUUUCCUUAAGAUUGGCGGACAUGUCGUCAUCUCUAUUAAGGCCAAUUGUAUUGACUCGACAGCACCGGCAGAGGCUGUGUUCGCACAGGAGGUUAAGAAAUUAGUUGAGGAUAAAGUGAAACCUCUAGAACAGGUCACUCUCGAGCCCUACGAGAGAGACCACGCGGUCGUUGCCAAUUGUAUUGACUCGACAGCACCGGCAGAGGCUGUGUUCGCACAGGAGGUUAAGAAAUUAGUUGAGGAUAAAGUGAAACCUCUAGAACAGGUCACUCUCGAGCCCUACGAGAGAGACCACGCGGUCGUUGUCGGCAUAUUUAGGUCAGACGUAAAGACUGCCAAUUAGUUUUAGACCAUUGAUUUGAAUUGAAUCGCUAUUAUAUUCACUCCUUUACCUAUCAAUCGAUAUAUAUUUUUCGCAUCCAAACUGAAUGUCAUAUAUUUAAAUCAUAUAUGAAUUUAAUUAGAGUUUAACUACAAUUUUGAAUG